UCGUCGGCUGACAUGAUGCUCUUCCUAUCGUCAAAAAGCGGACUACCCCGAGUUUAAACGAUUGACAGUGCAUCCAGCAAGUCCAAAAAUUGAGUUUUAUUGAAAAGGACUGUAAGUGACACUGAAGUCAAAGUGGCAGCGGCUUGCGCAAAUCGAAAAACACGCCUGGGCGGGACUUGUGUGUGGGCGUGGCCAAAACCUAGUGCGGUUGCAUCGCAGCGCAUACACAAUGGCUGCUCGAAAGAGGGGAAAGCAAACAAUUUUCAGGCCCGUCGCGUCUUGCAAAAAAUAUGAGAAAAAAAUUAUUAAAAAUUCGGAAAAUAGUUGAAAGUGAAGAAAAACUCAACAGAAAGGAUGUUAAAGCGUCCGGGGCUCCUGAGUCCGGGUGGUGUUGAGCUCAUAAAACUGGAUAGAAUAAUUGCAUCAGUACUAGUUGGUCACAGUGCCCCUGUCCAUGUAGCUGGUCUGCCUUAAGGUGCCAUGGCCACAGGAACCCAGGGCCACCGUGACCACAUCUUGGACAAAACCAAGUUCACGGCACCCACCGGGAGGCGCAGGAGAGCAGAGGGAAAGCCGAAGAAGAACUUCCCCUGCCAGGAGUGUCAGAAAGCUUUCAACAGUCUGGAGAAGUUGAAGGUGCACUCGUAUUCUCACACAGGAGAACGACCGUACCGCUGCUCCCACCCCGACUGCACCAAGGCCUUCGUCUCCAAAUACAAGCUGCUACGGCAUAUGGCAACUCACUCGCCGGAAAAAAACCACAAGUGUUCAUACUGUGAGAAAAUGUUCCACCGCAAGGAUCACUUAAAGAAUCACCUACACACUCAUGACCCGUACAAGGAGGCGUUCACCUGUCAGGAGUGUGGCAAGAGCUACAACACCAAGCUGGGCUUCAAACGCCACCUCGCCCUCCAUGCUGCCAACAAUGGAGACCUCACCUGCCAAGUUUGCCUGCAGCCGUUUCCCAGCACCGGGAUUCUUCUAGAACACCUCAAGACACACGCAGGCAAGUCCUCGGGCGGGACCAAAGAGAAGAAGCAUCGCUGCGAGCACUGCGAGCGCCGAUUUUACACCCGCAAAGACGUGCGGCGACACAUGGUGGUGCACACCGGACGCAAGGACUUCCUUUGUCAGUACUGUGCCCAGCGCUUCGGUCGGAAGGACCACCUGACGCGUCACAUGAAGAAGAGCCACCCCCAGGAGCUGCUGAGGGUAAAAACUGAGCCAGCUGAUUCGCUGGAGCCCAUUGUCUAUGACCUGGCGUCUGGGGACAUCAAGGGUGAGCUCGCAGGAAUGUUGACGCCGCGUCCGCACCAGCUCAACAUGUACGCCGGCCCCGUCCUGGACGCCGAGCCCUUCCCCGCCCCGACGCACCCCUUCUCUUUAAAGUACCCGCUGGGCCCCAACUUAACCUCAUACACCGUCUCCUCUCAAGAGCGGGAGCAGAAUCUAAAGGGAGAACUGGAGACCUACCUGAUGGAGCUGCAGAACAGCAUGCCCUCCUCAUCCUCUGCAGCCCAAGAACCCCAAAUCCCCUCCUCCAAACUUGAGUUGGAGCCUCCUGGAGGCGGGCUGGAGGGGGCCAGUGAGGACGUGUCCAUGUCCAAAAUGUCCACAUCAGUGGCAACACCCACAGCAGGAGACUCUCUGGCCUCGUCCUCCUCUCUGAUGGACUUCUCACAGCUUUUCAACUUCCUUCCGCUCAACGGGCCUCCAUACAACCAGGCAGGAGGCAGCGGGGGGCAGAGUAUCGCCUAUCAACCCAGCGAAGAGUCCGCUCCUCUGGUCCAGCUGCCUCCACAGUCGUCUGAGGGCCCAGAGGGUGCAGAGAGUCCACUUCAGGGGCUCCCCUCCUCCUUCAUAUCCAACCUGAGCACACCAACCACACUGCCCCGCUUCCACCAAGCUUUUCAGUGACCCAGUAUGUAACACAUGCGUUCUGAAGUCUGAUUUCUACUCCGUCGCACAACACUUUUUAAUCUGUUUAAUGUGUCGAGCGACUUUUUAAAGUGUCGCUCGCCACUUUCAUCUCAUCGUGUCACAGACACUGUCAUAUUUUUGUCUCAUUGUAGACAUUUUAUACUCGGCUCUCGAACGACACCUUGUUUUCCAUGUUGCUCUCCUGAUUUCUUUCACCACCUCUCGUUGUCCUCUCAGUAAAAGUACAUUCAGAAUCUCUCAAAACCUACGGUAUGGAAACAAAGACGCACACUGACAGCGUCGGGAUGAUGUCAUGUAAACUGGUGACUGAGAGAGACAGCUGGAGGUGUGUGUGGUUGCUAUGGAGACAACUGAAACAUGUUGUUCAGUUUUUUUUGAACAAAUGAUUAUCACAAAUGUCAAGCGACGGAGUAUAAAUCAGGUGUAACACACACACACACACACACACACAUACUGACGUGCAUGUCCAGCUUCAUGAGUACACACACACACACACACACACACACACACACAGAUUGACAGAGAGAAGAUGCAAACAACACAUGAUUUUAGCACUUCUGUCUUAAAUGCAACAAUGUGAGCAGACCGUAACACACACGGUUUGGAUCAAUCAGUUUUAUGGUAAUUAGGAUGACUUAUUUUACCCUAUCAGUCAUUUUUAUUUAUCGGCAUAUUACAUAACAGUGACAAAAUAAUCCUUAUAUGUGAAACAAAAAUCACAAUUCUUGGUUCAUUUUCCGUUUCAUAAUCAGAUUAAGCUGCAGGUCGUCAUCAGAUGGUCAGCUGUGCUCUCACAGGUCAGCCGUGUUAAACAUCAGUGCACAAACGCUGCCACAUGAACCUGUUUUCCUGUAGUGAUGUGGAUCACAGUGAGAGCACAGACAGAAGAACUUUAAGACCUGAUGUUCUUGGGCACUUUCUGCAGCGUAUAUUGUUUUUCAUAUCGCACUUUGAACUGUGUGGUGUUGUCGAGCAUCACAUGCCCUUUGUUUUAUGUCUGUUUAUUGUGGCGUGAUUUUCAAAGGACCAGUUUUUAGUCCAGCCAGAUUUUUUGUCCUUAAAGGGAUAGUGCAAGUUAUUUUGAAGUGGGCUUGAGGCGCUGACUGAGUCAGUGCUGACUGUGAGUCUAAGUGCUCCCUCUGCACUGAGAUCCAGCUUCAUCACGGUGUCAACAUGACAGCCAAUUGGGAAACUGAACUGAAGUUUGUGUCACUCGCGGCUCAAUCCCCACAGCGGACCCACUGAGUUUCUGACCCACUGCUGCCACCAAGUAGGUUAUUUAUGUGACUUUGUGUCUGAAUUUCGUUGUUGAGAUUUACCUCAGUGACACAAACUUACAAAAUGAGGCCAGCAGUCGACCAGCAACUCCUUCAUGUGUCUUCAUGAGCCAAAAAAGGCAGAUCUUCUCCAUGGACUUUGGUGCAGUAGAGUGAAGGGUAGAAGAACUUGUAAAAGGGCUAUUUAACAGUGAAAUAGAGCAGUGGAUAUAUUCUUAAGAUAGCAUAGACUUUUGUUAUUGACUAAGAUCUUGUGUUGUGUGUGUGUGUGUGUGUGUGCCCUCAGUGGCAGCCAUGUUUUCAGUGUCAGAGAAUCAGAAUCAGAAUGUCUUUAUUGUCAUUGUCACAGAUGUUACAACGAAAUUGGUUAAGCAAUUUAUCCUCUGUGUAUUUAAAAAUCAAAGUAGGCACUCACACUUUCCCAGUAAUAUUACAUGGACAUAUGUAGCUAACAUUACAGGCAGUGCAUGUCUUAAUGGCUCAUACCACACAGUCACCUCAUCAACAGUAGUGAGCACACCUGGUGUUGACUGGGCUGGAGGGAAAUCAUUCAAAUGAAUUUGCAAUAUGAAGUGAAAUGGCCUCAGUGUGUCAGGAUCAGAGAGGCUGUUUGAAACUUAUCAUAAAUGACAAAAAAACACGUCAAGCAUUUAUAUACAUGUACAUGUACAUAUACAUACUGUAAGUGCCAUCGUAUUUGAGAAGGUCUUUAUAAAGAAUGAAAAUGUAACCAUAGAAUGCAAAAAUAUUUGUGAAGGCAGCGGGCUGAACGUAAUCGCUUCACUUAAAAUAGAAAAAAAGGCUGAACACCACAUAAACUAACAUUUUCCGUGGCCAACUAACUUUCCUGUUGUUGAAAAUAAAAUAAACUAAGGACUAUGGACUUAAAAAGAAGACACAGUAUAAGCUAUUUAAAGUGAUACACCCCCAUUUAAACAUGUAUCAUUUAAAAGUGAAAUAAGCUAUUCUCAAAUUGGCAAAUCUGUGAGGUGUGCGCCGUUCUCCCAACGCUGAAGCUACAGUGUUUGUUAUUCAGAGCAAACAGACGAUAUAUAAAUGAACAGAAAUGAAAUGUCUCUCAUUUGUGUGAGUGAAUCAAGUGUUGCUGCUAUCAAAAGAAAGGGAUGUGAAACAAUAACACCUUUGUAAUGAAGGCCUAACUUUACAUGUUAUUGUAAACACACACUUUACCUUCACUUAGUCCCAAAAUAUUCCACAGUUUAGAAUCCUUCAGUAGUUUGAGGAUUAAACAUAAAUGUCCACGGCUACAUGUUGGGACUUCCUCUUGCACAAACUGUUUUAUACUUUAAUUAGA